GCCAUCCCUAUUGGCCCAGUUGGUAGACCAACAAACCUCAAACAUGCGGCUUGGAUAGAUCCAUCAUGGCAACCUGGGGGGCCCCCCGUCGGAACCAUGACCAGUUCAGGCAAAAGAGUCAUGGUGAGAUGAUACCGUCGCUCUUCGCGCCAAGGCUGUCCGCAUUCAGCCUUCUCUGAACCGCCCCAAAUCACAGCCGCCUAUCGUGGAUCCAUACCACGGGGUUAACCCUUGGUAGCAUUACCUCGUUCAUUCAUAAAGCCUAUCAUUCCCGUCGUUAUGCCAAGUCUUUAACCUUCUUCGACUCUGCUUUGGUGCUCACAAUACCACACAUUCGUUUUUCAUUUUUUUCGUUCAACAUGUUAUUUCAAAGUCACUCGCUACUACUUUUCUCCUCCUUAAUCCCGGCCGCAUUUCCCCUAGGUCUUCAAAUUGGUCGCGAUAAUUGGAAGAUCAUUGCGGACAGCCAGCACGCUGGCAACGAAGCACAGAAGGCCAUCGAUGGCGACCGUAACACUUUUUGGCACUCGGAAUACGCCCCGAACGCCCCCCUUCCGCAUAAUGUUGUAGUCGAUAUGGGCGAAUUUCAUCUCGUCGACGGCAUCAGUAUUUUACCUCGACAAGACAAUUUCAAUAAUGGAAACAUUGGUCAGCAUUUAGUGCAACUAAGCGGUGAUGGAAAGACAUGGGGUCGCCCGGUAGCUUUGGGUCAAUAUCGUAAUGACAAAGGUGUGAAAGAGACAUCGUUUGUAAGGAAGGUCGCACGUUAUGUCAAGAUUACCGCUGUUACCGAAGCGCAAAACGCGCAGAAUCCCUGGACUAGCAUUGCCGAAUUGAAUAUCCACCAAGUUGCAGAUCCCUUCAUCAACAGUCAAGGCUUUACAUUCACAGCAGACAGCGAGGAAACUGCUCGGGAGAACGGUCGUGCUUCAAACCUCAACGACAAUCUACCAUAUACCAUUUGGCACACAAACUGGAGCGGCAACGCUCCUGCUCAUCCCCACUACCUCACCAUCAAUCAGAAUAAGCGCGGUCUAGUUGGCGGUAUCCAGUAUGUCCCUCGCCAGGGUAUUGGCGCUAUCAACCAGCCAGAGAAUGGCAGAAUUGGCAGAUAUCGCAUUGAAUCGAGCAACGACGGCCAGAAUUGGAACACAGUCAAGACAGGCACAUGGGCUGACGACGACACAAACAAGGCGGCCUUCUGGCCGGCUAUUAAUGUGCAAUAUAUCCGCUUGGUUGCUUUGAGCGAAGCGGGCAAUCGUGGUCCAUGGACUUCGGCUGGUGAUGUUCAAUUAAUGUUUGGCAGCUCGCUCGCCGAUCACAAAGCUCCCAGUGCCAGUCUUGGUGUGUGGUCCCACACUGUUGAUUUCCCCUUGGUGCCUGCCGCUGCUGCCAAUCUUUACGACGGAGCUGCUGAUGAGAUCCUUGUUUGGUCUGCGUUCGCAAAUGACCAAUUCUUCCAGUUCAACCAAGGAAAAACUCAAGUCACAAUUUACAAUAGCACUGAUUCCUCUAUGACGCCCCAAGAGAUCGCCAACACCCAGCAUGACAUGUUCUGUCCCGGUCUGAGCAUGGACAGUACCGGACGUUUCAUCGUGACUGGCGGGAACGAUGCCGCCAAGACGAGCAUCUACGAUCCUCGCACCAACCAAUGGCAGAAAGGUGCCGAGAUGAAUGUUCCUCGUGGCUACCAAUCGUCAGCUACUCUUAGUAACGGAAAUGUAUUCACGCUUGGUGGUUCGUGGAGUGGAGGACAUGAGGUUGACAAGGACGGUGAGGUCUACAAUAUCAAGAGCAAUACGUGGACCAAGCUUCCGGGCGCCAGGGUCGCACCGACCAUGACACACGAUCAUGGGGGCCGCUACCGCUCGGACAAUCACCAGUGGUUCUUCGCGUGGAGUAAUGGCAACAUCUUGCAUGCUGGUCCCUCUGCUGCCAUGAACUGGAUCGGCACAUCUGGGCAAGGUAGCAUUAACGGUGCAGGUAAUCGGGCGCAAGAUGGCGACAGCAUGAAUGGUAUUGCAGCUAUGUACGACGCGCCUGCCGGGAAGAUCUUGACUGCCGGUGGUGCAGCAAACUACCAAGGCGACAAUGCCCACGCACGCGCGCAUAUCAUUACCAUUAAUGGCGUGGGCAAGAAUCCGAGCGUUCAGCGCAUUGGAGACAUGAAGAAUGCGCGUGGCUUCCACACCAGCGUCGUGCUUCCAGACGGAACUGUAAUUGUUCUUGGCGGUCAGACCCAUGUUGAGCCCUUCACCGACACUUACGCCGUAACUACCCCUGAGCUGUUCAACCCACGCGAUAAUAGCUGGACUGUGCUAAACUCCAACGCCGUACCACGUACCUACCACUCUACAUCAUUGCUUCUCAAGGAUGGCAGCAUUUUCAGUGCAGGUGGCGGGCUGUGUGGCAACUGCGCCACUAACCACUUUGAUGGAGAAGUGUUCUUACCCCCAUACUUGGUGAAUUCAGACGGUACUACCAAGACGCGUCCGGUCAUCACGUCUAUCAACGGUGACAGCUUCGCCGUCGGAAGCCAGAUCCAGAUCAAGACCGACUCUGCUGUCACCAGCAUCGCCCUCAUGCGCCUCGGCUCCGUUACCCACACUGUCAACACGGACCAGCGCCGCAUCCCCUUCACCGUCUCCGGUACCUCGCAAACCAUCACCAUCCCUAACGAUCCUGGUGUCGCACUGCCCGGCUACUACUACGUCUUCGCCCUCAAUGCUGCCGGUGUACCGUCUAUUGCGCGCGUCGUCCAGAUCACAUUCACCCAACAAGCUGCCGCUUCGUCUGAAACGCUGCCAACCCUACAGGUCUUGCACACGAUGCCCGAGCCGGCUCCCGAGACGUCCAUUACUGACUUCUUGAACGUCACAAUGUUGACAGAUCUGUUGCCGCCACUGGACGAUAGCCUCACGCACUUGACUUCGAUUUUUAAGGAUGUGUUCGACAAGAGAGAGGGGCAAGAGUGAAUCUGGGUGCAUGCGUCGUAGUGAGCUGUACUAGACAAAUAUAAUAAUUUAGACGUUGGACAAUGGGAAUGAUAAUAUAGGGCGAGUGGGGGCGCAUUUUUUUGCAAAGAGGUAAAAUUGCAUGUAACGCCGUUUUCAACACAUCUUUUACACACGCAUGUCGAACGGGAGAUAAGAACCUGGCGAUUUCCGGUUUAUCCCCAUAAUACAUAGGCAAGGAGGAGCCGGAUGCGAGGCCCUCAUUUUAUUCUCAUACCAUAUCAUCAUCACUAACGACUUUUCUUACAUGUGUAUCAAGCAUUCUUUGUGGUUUCUUGGGCUUUUUUCCACAUGUCAUACGCAUAUCGCUCAUGUGACCCCUACACUCGUAUAUCUUUCAGGAUUUGUAGUGUAUAAUUGAACUAGAAGGAUUUAGGACGGUGUUGGGAAGCGAUGUUCGUCUUAGUAACUAGGCAUACUAAAUUGAUCAUAAGAUGGUUU